UCCAGUACAACACAACGGUUGAUGCAGUCAAGACUAGGCAAGAGAGCAUAGAAGCCAGACAGAAAGAAAUCAUGGCACGUGGACUUCCUAAGCGAAAGCGGAUAAAGGGUGUUAAACAAAUUUUGCUAGUUGCCUCUGGUAAAGGUGGUGUUGGAAAAUCGACAACUUCAGUAAAUUUAGCGACAGCCUUAAAAAUAAUUGAGCCGAAAAAGUCAAUUGGAUUACUAGAUGCCGACGUUUUUGGGCCAUCUAUACCAUUGAUGAUGAAUAUAUAUGAGUCGCCCAUGAUAAAUCAAGAGAAUCUCAUGGAACCUCUUGUAAAUUAUGGUGUGAAAUGUAUGUCCAUGGGAUUUUUAAUUGAUGAAAAAUCGCCAGUAGUUUGGAGGGGGCUCAUGGUGAUGAGUGCAUUGGACAAGCUGGUAAAUCAAGUGGCAUGGGGGUCGCUCGAUUAUCUUGUGAUUGACACUCCUCCUGGAACAGGAGACACACAUCUUUCCCUGAUUCAGAAUUUCUUUAUCGCUGGUGCAUUGCUAGUAACAACACCGCAAAAAGUUGCGCUAGAAGUGACCAGGAGAGGUGCAAAUAUGUUCAAGAAGUUGGAUAUACCUGUUGCUGGUAUCGUGGAGAACAUGAGCACCAUUAUGUGUCCAAAAUGCAUGACCGAGAUUCCAGUCUUUGGCAAUGCCACAUUAUCAUUAGCCAGAGAACUUGGUAAUAAAUCAUUAUUAUGAUAUUUAUUAUCGUAUUAUAUA